GUCACUUUUAUCGCAUUUCUCGAUCAACGAUGUCGGUCGCGCAGCCACCUUGACCCUGAAAAUUGCUCAGGGUUCAGGUACGGUACUGAUGAACUAAGUUUUCGAAUCGCGUUCACCUGCGGCGCAAAUAACAAUACCAACCCUAUUGUCCGCCUAUUGUUCACCCUUUUUGAAUCUACCCUCUUGCGCCAGACAGUGAUACUUUCUGGCGACUAGAUGACGAGUCCAGGCUAUCACAUUCGGCCUCGGCCCCUUCAAUAAGAUCAACUCUUAUAACAACCGACUUGCGAUCGAUCACCACGUCGUCUUAAAAUAAGGCAUUGGAGCGCUCUCUCCGGAGGCAUUUCCUCACCCAAGAGGAGGCAACCUGAAAUUUCAACUCUGUCUACUUGUUGUCCGACAACACUUGGUUUAAAGGACACAAUGUCAAGCGAAUUGCAUCGCCCGCACAAAACACUUGAGCGGCUUGCCGAUGGCAGUCCUCGAUUUCAUGGCUGCUCGAGAAUCCAAGACUACGAAUAUCUGGGCAAACUAGGAGAGGGUACUUUUGGAGAAGUAUCGAAGGCCAGAUCAAAAAAGACCGGACAAUUGGUCGCACUGAAAAAGAUUUUGAUGCACAAUGAGAAGGAUGGAUUUCCCAUCACCGCCUUGCGGGAGAUCAAACUUUUGAAACAGCUUGAUCACAUCAACAUCUUGAAAUUGGAGGAGAUGGCCGUCGAGCGACCGAAGAAUGCAAGCAAGAAACCGAGCAUGUUCAUGGUCAUGCCGUACAUGGACCACGACUUGUCUGGUCUGCUCGAGAAUCCCGACGUGAAUUUUUCAGAGGCACAGAUCAAGUGUUACAUGAAACAACUUCUCGAAGGCUGUGCCUACCUCCACGAGAACAAGAUUCUACAUCGAGACAUGAAGGCUGCAAAUCUCCUUAUCAACAACAGAGGCAUUCUACAGAUUGCCGAUUUUGGCCUGGCGCGCCCAUACCAUGACGACCCACCGCGGCCUGGUCAUGGAGGCGGCGAGGCUACACGAGAGUACACCACCUUGGUCGUCACCCGUUGGUAUCGACCGCCAGAACUCCUUUUGCAACUGCGCAAAUAUACAACCGCAAUCGACUUGUGGGGUGUUGGUUGUGUUUUUGGCGAGAUCUUCAAGAAGAAGCCUAUUUUGACUGGCAAUACAGAUCUCAAUCAGGCCCAGAUCAUCUUCGACCUCGUUGGUUCUCCCACGGACGAGACAAUGCCAGGUUGGCGAGACCUUCCGGGUUGCGAUGGUAUUAAAGAAUUCGAACCCAAACAGCCUACGCUCAGCCGGGUAUUUCGCGAACUGCCUCCCCUUGCGCUCUCGUUGUUGGGUGAAUUCUUGAAGCUUGAUUGGCGGACACGAAUAAAUGCAAUCGAUGCAUUACAACAUCCUUAUUUCCACACAGAACCGCUGCCUGCCAGACCUGGCGACUUACCAACCUUUGAGGACUCUCAUGAAUUGGAUCGUAAGAAGUUCCGAGAUCAGAAACAGAAGCCUCCACCUGCGCCAGCCGGUGGAUCGGUGGGUAUCGCCUCGCAGGGUGAAUGGGGUCUUAACGGGCGUCCUCUUCCUCCUCACGAAGGUCGAGGGUUCCCUGGCUCGCGAGCUCCUGGAGGUCGACCCCAUGCUAACGGCUACGGGCAACAAGGGCAUGGUCGUAGACCUCCACCGCCUGGACAGAAUGGAGGCUAUGGGGGUAACGACCGUCGUGUGCCACCUCCUCGAGAUAUGCCACCGCAUGAUCAACCACACCGUCUCCCAUACGACGAGGGAUAUUCUCGACGACCUCCAAUGGAGCAUGGCAUGCCACCCCGCCAACCAAUUCAUGAAAACGACCCUUACCGGUACCCCGACCCAGAUAUGCCACCUUACCGAGAUGACGGUCGUGGCCCCCCACCGCCUCGGUCUAGAGUACCAGGACCUCCAGGCAGUGCGCCUCCGGUAGACAAUCGACGCCCCCCUCACGAUCGCGACACAUAUGUCCCGCCAUACUCCAGUGGAGAUUCUCAGCACCGGCCGCCGCCACCACAUAUGAAAUCUCGCAGAAGAGGUGACCGCCCACCCUUUAGAGAGGGCCAUCACUAUCCUCACGGACCACCAGACUAUGGCGAACCUCCUCUUCGAUAUGAUGAUAGUGGUGGUGGGCCAGGCCCGGAUCGUGACAGGGGACGGUUACGAGAUAUGGAUAGCAUGCCGAUGCCGCCUGAAGGUGGACCUUACGACAGAGACCGAGAUCGAAGACCGCGGAGUAGAAGUCCAAUUCCGAUGAGGGAUUGGGACAGAGAUCCACAUGCAAAUCAACAUCGAGAUAGGAGGGAUAGAGACCGAGAGUGGGAAAGAGAGCGCGAGUAUCGAGAUCGAGAUCGAGAUCGCGACCGAGGGUAUGGUAUGCAAGAUCCCUAUCGUCGAUGAUGAUGUGUCUCAAUAUUUCGACUUGCUUCAUCAAGUGGUCGUGGGCGUGAUAGUCAUAUUCCCUUCAUCUUCUGGCACAACCUGAGUCGGCCGCGAACUGCCUUUUUCCUUUUUGCUCCCUAUAUUGUAUUGAAUGUGCUUCUUUCUAUGCAUAGCGAUGGGGGUGGCGCGGACGAUACCUUUUCCUUAUCGUGGGGGUGUGCCGUGGCGUUUUUAUCUUUUCUUAGUAAGAAGGGCAAAACAUGUUGAAAUCUUUACGAAAACAUGGUAUACAACUGGUGGCUCAUCUUGUGCGUAUGCUUUAUGUUAUAGGUGGUACUUUUUGACGAGUACUCUUAAGAAUGCCAAAAUACAAAAGUUGAAAAUUCAAAAA